UGUAUUCUAUUAGUAUUUCCACACUGCCAAAAAAAUAUUUGCCUCUGUGCAUACUUCCCCAAAGCCCCAGAAACCAAAACACUACACAUGCCCCUCCACCACCUUCAAGGCUUUCCAUAUAUUUAUAAUCAUCAUCUCACCACCCUCUUCUUCCUUCCUCUACUCCCCUCAAUUUAAACUUCCAUUCCAUUCCUUGCCUCUCUCCCUUGCAUGUUUUCUUGAUCUGGGCAUUUAAGAAAACCAAAAAAGAUGAUAACUUUAUUAGAUUUCUACCAUGUCAUGACUGCAAUGGUUCCACUCUAUGUGGCCAUGAUCCUAGCCUAUGGGUCAGUGAAGUGGUGGAAGAUUUUCACCCCAGACCAGUGCUCUGGGAUCAACCGUUUUGUGGCUCUCUUUGCUGUCCCUUUACUCUCAUUCCAUUUCAUAGCAGAGAAUGAUCCAUACACCAUGAACCUGAGGUUCAUUGCUGCAGACACACUGCAGAAGCUCAUUGUUCUUGGGGUUCUUGCUGUGUGGGCUAAUUUCAGCAAAAGGGGGAGCCUAGAGUGGUCUAUAACUCUGUUCUCACUCUCAACUCUGCCCAACACUCUAGUGAUGGGCAUCCCUUUGCUGAAGGGGAUGUAUGGGGAUUUCUCUGGGAGCCUAAUGGUUCAGAUUGUUGUGCUGCAGUGCAUCAUCUGGUACACUCUGAUGCUGUUCAUGUUUGAGUUCAGAGGUGCAAGAAUGCUGAUUUCUGAGCAGUUCCCAGACACUGCUGCCUCCAUUGUCUCAAUCCAUGUGGAUUCAGAUGUGAUGUCACUGGAUGGGAGGCAGGCUCUGGAGACUGAGGCUGAGGUGAAAGAGGAUGGGAAGCUCCAUGUAACUGUCAGAAGGUCUAAUGCCUCAAGGUCUGACAUUUUCUCAAGGAGGUCUCAUGGAGGCAUUUCGUCGAACACCCCGAGGCCAUCAAAUCUCACUAAUGCUGAGAUUUACUCUCUUCAGUCCUCAAGAAACCCUACCCCUAGGGGCUCAAGUUUCAACCACACUGAUUUCUACUCUAUGGUGGGGGCUGCUGCUAGGAGCUCCAAUUUUGGGGCUAAUGAUGUGUUUGGCCCAACUCCUAGACCUUCAAACUAUGAGGAGGAGAAUGGGAAAUCAAGGUUUCAGUACCAUGGUGGGCAAGGGAACCAUUACCCAGCUCCAAACCCUGGCAUGUUUUCCCCUUCCAAUAAAGCUGCUGCUAAUGCAAAUAAGAAGCCUAAUGGGAAUGGGCAGCACAAGGGAGAAGAGGGUGGCAAAGAUCUCCACAUGUUUGUUUGGAGCUCAAGUGCCUCUCCUGUUUCAGAUGUGUUUGGUGGAGGCCAUGAUUAUGGUGCCCUAGACCAGCCUUCCAAGGAAGUUAGACUCCCUAUUUCUCCUAGCAAAGUUGAAGGGCAGAAGAAGAAUGAAGAAAGUAAUUACAUGGAGAGGGCAGAGUUUAGCUUUGGGAACAGAGAUACAGAAAUGAACAACCUGCAAGGGGGUGAGGGAGGUGGUGGAGAGAACAAAGUGAAAGGCAUGCCUCCAACAAGUGUGAUGACAAGGCUCAUACUUAUCAUGGUUUGGAGAAAACUUAUCAGAAACCCAAACACUUAUUCCAGUUUGCUUGGCCUCACCUGGUCCCUAGUCUCAUUCAGAUGGAAUGUGCAGAUGCCUGCUAUAAUUGCAAAGUCCAUAUCUAUUCUGUCAGAUGCAGGACUUGGCAUGGCCAUGUUCAGUCUUGGUCUGUUCAUGGCAUUGCAACCAAGGAUCAUAGCAUGUGGGAAUUCUGUUGCAUCUUUUGCUAUGGCCGUGAGAUUCCUUACAGGACCAGCUGUCAUGGCUGCUGCCUCCAUUGCUGUCGGCCUCCGAGGUGUCCUCUUACACGUCGCCAUUGUACAGGCAGCUCUACCCCAAGGAAUUGUCCCCUUUGUCUUUGCUAAGGAAUACGGCGUGCACCCUGACAUUCUCAGCACUGCGGUGAUUUUUGGGAUGCUGAUUGCGUUACCGAUAACGUUGGUGUAUUACAUUUUGAUGGGACUAUGAAACUUGGAAAAUUGAUAACAAAGCAAUGUGGAAAAACGAAUUGAAGCUAGCUAGGAGGGCUACUCUCAACUCUCAAGGAUAUGAUAUGAUGAUUCAAUUCCUCUCUCGAUCUAGUAGUCUUAGUAUAGUUGUAAAAUCAUAUAUGUUUCUCCCCAUUUGUUUCAUCAACCCAAAAAAAAAAGUUGGUAGUUUAUUUAUGGGAUAUCCUAUGCUUUUCAAGCUAAGUAUUUCAUUCUCACUGUUUUUCUAUGAA